GAAGGUAGUCAAUAUUUUUGUAACUUGUAUCACAAAUUUAACAAAAAACAAAUAUGUUGAAUAUACUAAGAUUUUUGUUGAUAUUAUGUUCAGUUGGAGUGUCUUAUUGUUGCUCAGUCAAAGAUUUUAGCAAUGAUAUUUCGUCAGACGAUUAUUAUGAUAAUGCAUUUACUUAUCCGUGGUUAGUUGUGAUUGACGAUAUCACAGAAAAAUUUGCAACAUUAUAUGGUGGACUUAUUCAUCCGAAAGCCGUUCUCACCAGUGCCGACCUCCUGAAAAGGCAUAAUAUGAACAACCUAAUAGUCGUGACAAACUGUGAUGAGAAUAUAGAAGAUGGCACUUUACAGAAUUGUUCUACUAGAAAUGUUAUGAAAAUAAUUUAUCCAGAUGAUAAUAAUGGUCAACUAACUCCUGAAAAGUCUUAUGCUUUGUUAAUCUUAACAACUCCAUUUAACAUUACCCCAACAAUAAGUCCUGUUAAUUUAAUUAAUAGUAUGGAACUUGUAGAUAAACAAUCAUGUGUUAUUACUCAUUGGCUGCGAGCUCACGACAUAAAACGUGAUAAAUAUGAAUUCGUGACAGAAGCUUUUCAGAUACCAUAUGUCGAUGGGAACUUUAGUAUCGAUGGAAUGAAUAAAGAUCAAAUAAUCGGAAGUAGUGAUUCGAUAAUACAAGCCAGUUUUUUCCUCCGUGUGGACAAUAAUAUUGUCAUGUAUUCACUGGCCUUUUUCGGAACUCCUAUCGUUUGCUAUGGUGAAGAUUCUAUACCCUACCAAGUUGGAAUAGCAAAUUUUGGUAUAAAAAUACCACUCUAUAAUGAUCGAUUUCCACUAAGAAUUUUAGGAUCAAAUUUUUUGAUUACUGAUUAUUUUGAUGAAAUUAUGAAAAAACUACAGGAAAAUGUUUCAUAAAAAAACUUAAUUUUUAUGUCAUAACACAAUAUUAUUUUUUAAAAACAAUAUUAUAGCUUUCAGCACAGAAAUUUUUUAAUAUUCGAGGGGAAGGUAGGAUUAUGAUCCACUCUUUAAUAUGGUCCAUUUGUUUAUUAUGCGAACACACUGCGUCUUUCAUUAGCUAACCUGCAUUUAUAUUGACAAAUAAUUUCUUAGCAACAAACAGAAGCUUUGAAAAGUGACAAUUGAUGAUAAUUCAAUAGAGUAAAAUGUAAUUGAAUAGAAACAAAAAAUGGCCCAUAAUUUUACCUCCUCUUUUAUAUAUGGAAGAGAGAGAGUUGAGAAAAAAUUAUCCAGCAAUUUAGGAUAACCAACUGCGCAGACAGAAUAAAAUGUAGCUUACAGGAAAGGAAUUUUUACAAAGUCGAAGGGUAAAUUCAAUUAUUUCGUAGGGUAAAUUUUACUUUUGCUGUGCAGUGUACUAUGAUUACCUAGCACGACAGGAUAAUUUUUACUUAAUCCUUCUAUCCGUGUAUAUUGUUCGGAAUGUAUUUAAGUAACUUUCAUCAUAUUUCAAUUGAAACAAUAACUCUCGAAUUGAAUGAAAAAAAUUUAUUCAUGCAAUAUAAUAAAUUACACAGGAAGUUAGCGAAAUAAUUAGUAAUGUUGAAGGCGUUGACAAAAAACCUGUCGAGAAUUGGCGUUUUAAGUUUAACAAUAGGCUUCAUUACAAUUAGAAGAGUGACGAAAUAUGAAAUAAUAUCUUCAACAAAAAAUAUUACCAUUCAAAAUGCACAGAAUUUAUAUAUUCGGUCACUGAACAUAUUUGUAAAGUGACCAUGUUCGGUCACUUUUCUCUACUGUUUCCUUAUCGAGAGUAUAAUUGUAAAGAACUAAUGAGUUCUAAUUACUAGCAUAUUUUUGAUUAUUAAUUAAAUUACAUUUUUAAUUAUUCCAAAAGGUUUUUUCAUGAUUUUCAUUUAGUUUCAGAA